UCUCAAUCAAGUAGCACUCGGGGCAUGAGCUGUGGAGGCGUUCGAAGGCUUUAUGAUAUCCUGGGUCACAAAAAAGUCAUCAAGGGUAGUUUGAAAACGAGCUAGUGAGAGGGCUUGACCGACGGAGCUAAACACUUCUUCUUCUAUCACUAUUGUAGGUGAUAAACAACUUUAAAAACCUGGUGAAAAAAAAUCCAGCGUUCUAAACUUGAUGUGCUUUUCUUGAGACUUUUGGCUGACAUGGGUAAUGGAAUGAAUAAGGUCCUGCCUGAUCUGUAUCUCGGAAAUAUCAAAGAUGCACGAGACAGGGAGCUGUUGGCGCAGCACAACAUCACCCACAUCUUGUCCAUCCAUGACACAGCUGCACCCUUCCUGGAGGACAUGACGUACCUGUGUAUAUCUGCUGCUGACCGCUCUAAGCAAAACCUGAUUCAGUACUUCAGAGACAGCAUCAUGUUCAUCCACGAGUCCCGACUGAGAGGAGAAGGCUGCCUUGUUCACUGUGUGGCAGGAGUGUCCCGCAGUGUGACUCUGGUAGUGGCUUACAUCAUGACGGUGACAGGGCGUGGCUGGGUGGAGUCCUUGGCGGGGGUGAGGGCGGCUCGGCCGUGUGCGGGGCCCAACCUGGGCUUCCUCCGGCAGCUGGAGGAGUUUGAAAACACAGAGCUGACAGAAUACCGGGACUGGUGGAAGGACCGAUAUGGGAAGAACUCAUUCAACGACGAUGAGGAGAUGGAAACCCUUUUAACUCAGAAAUCUAGCAGCAACAGCAGCAAUACCAUAACAACAAGUAUCACUACUACACUGGGCACAAGUGGCACCUGAAAAAAUGUCUUCUGACAGUUUUGUCUUUCCUGAACUCAAGCAGCUGAGGGACUGGUGGACUUCUGCUUGGAAGUCCACCACAGUUUUUUUUUUUUUUUUUUUUUACAAUCACUAAUAUCCUUUUGUCCAGUCUGUAGUCACAUUUUCAAAAUUCUAAACACUUUAGGACAACAUCGGUCUGUUGUGGACCAUACCAUUAACACAAUUCAUGUUGUUUUCACAGAAUAUGCGGGCAAUUAACACGUUUCGAAAAUGCUUAAAUUUUAUUUACAUACCAGCUUACCCAAUACCAAAAUUAUGGAUCUUUCUUGUUUUAUUUUGCUUGCACACAGCAUGCCAGAAAUUAAAACCUAAUGCUCAAAACCUUAACUAUAGUAUAAAGCUACUACUUCUGCAACAACAACAGCUCAACAGUUAUAUUGAAACAGCUGAUGAGCAUUUUGAAUGAACAGAACAUUGAAACAUUGAGAAAUAUCUGAUUUACUAUAAGUUGUGUAAAAUAGACUGCCAAAGGUGGAUAAGGUAUGCUAAGUGUUUCUAUCCAAGGUGCAUAGCGAGAGAUGACAUACAGUAAGAUGUGAAUAUGGAUGAGAACAUGACCAAAUGCUGAAGAUCGUAUGGAUUGGAACAGGACUGUGCAUUUUUGUGUUUUUUUCCCCUUCUCUUUUUUUUUUUUUUUUUUACUGUAUUUGUGUAUUUUAUUUUUACACAUUUGGAACCAAAGGCCAUAAAUGUUGGAUUUUUUGUUGAUCACUGGCAGAUCAUUAUGUCACUAUUUUUUUUCUACUGUACAUUCUAUAAAGUAAAGAUAAAUUAAUGUAACUCAUUCUGCUUUCUAGUAAAAGGAAACUGAAUUAUAAAAACAAUGGGUUUCAUAUUGUCUAUUGUAUGCAGGUGGAUUUGAAACAUGUAAAUGAAUGCCGUUUAUGUAAUGAAAUCAACUGUUAGUAUUUUGAAA